GUGUUUGGAAACAACAGCUGAGGACCCGUAUGACGGAGAGAAGCUGACACACACACACACACACACACACACACAACAGGAGUCUACACAACUCUCCACACACACGUCGUGUCCGUCGCGUCUCUUCUUCUGCGGCUUCUCACUGUUUCCACGAUUUAACCUUAGCCUCACACGUCACUCAGCGCCAGACUUCCGCCUCAACAUGGACGCGGAGGCUUCCGGUCCGAAGACGAUCAGCGUCCUCAUCAAGACCCCGAACCAGGUCCGGGAGGACGUGACCCUGGAGGACGUGGACUUGGACUGGACCGUGAGAGAGCUGAAGACACGUCUGUCCGCCGUGUACGCCACCAGGCCGGCCGUGACUGACCAGAGACUCAUCUACUCUGGGAAACUGCUCCCAGACCAUCUGCACAUCAGAGACAUCUUCAGACAGACGGACUCCACUCCAGCUCUGCAUCUCGUGUGUGCUUUCAGGAAUCCUCCUCAGGAACCCAAGAGCCCGGAGACAGAGCAGGCCCCCCCCUCCAGCCCAGGACGUGCAGCAGCUUCCUCGAGUCCCAGCAGCUCCUCCACAGUCCAGACUGGGAGCUCACCGGAGCUGAGGCAGAGGAGACCAGCUGCUCCGGCUCCACCGGGGAGUCCAGCAUGGCCGCCUGCUGCAAUGCCGGGGGGGCCUCACAUGGCGCAGCCGGCGUUCCCCACCUACUCGCUGUACAGCCCCCAGCAGCUGCUGUGGCUCCAGCACGUCUACGCUCGGCAGUACUACAUGCAGUACCACGCAGCUAUGGUAGCGGCGGGCUCCGCCCCCUCUCCCCCGGCUUCAGUCACUGGCCAGUUCCCUCCCGUCCCUGCCCACCAAGUACCUGUUCCCGCCCCCUUAGCCAAUCAGAACCCCAUCGACAACCUGCCGGCCAAUCAGAACGCGGCACAGGACGGCGCUUUCAUCAACCCGGGGGAGGCCAACCAGAACAUGCGGAUGAACGCACAGGGCGGGGCUGUGAUGGAGGACGAGGACGCCAUCGAGCGGGACUGGCUGGACUGGUUGUACUCGGCAGCGAGGUUCUGCGUCCUGCUCAUGAUCGUCUACUUCAACUCCAACCUGAGUCGCUUUCUGAUGGUGGCGAGCACGCUCCUCCUCAUGUACCUACACACUGCAGGUUUGUUUCCCUUCAGACGACAACAGGUUCCAGAACCCAACCCCCUGCAGGCCCCUGAGGUCCAGCACAACCAGCAGAACGAGGACAGGAUGCCGAACCCCAAUCCAGCGGUCGAACUGGCUGAGGAACAAAGGGAGGAACCGGCCGCUGCAGCAGAAGGACCCGACGGACCAGGACCAAUGGCGGCCGUGUUAGUACCUCCACACCGGGUGUCCGUCAUCUGGACGGCCUGGGUUUUCUUCAAAACCUUCUUCUCCUCCCUGGUACCCGAGGCUCCUCAGGGCGUGGCCAACUGACCGCCACCGAGCCGAAAAGACUGUUUAUCAUGUGAGAUGGAGACCAGGACCUGUGGAGACGUUUCUGAGACAUUCAGGUGGAAGGAUGAGGUCAAAGAAGAGCGGACGCAGAAAGAAACACACCCGGGACGGAGACCUGUCAACAGAAUCCUGGACGGUAGCUGAGAAAAAGUGGAGCCAGGAUCUUGCCAAAACUGUGGAAACAAAGAAAAUCAACAGAGUAGAAACAUCAGGCUUCAUCUGAGUUAUAAUAAAUGUUCCAGCUGGAUCCCUGCUCGCCCUCUGAGCAAACAUCAAGGCCCCGUAAAUCCAGUUUAGAUACCGGGGUUGACCAGUAGGUGGCAGCUGAGGCUAAAAUAUAAAGCUUCUGUACUGUUGGACUAAAUACUUCUUCCUGUGAGGACGUCUGUGACAAGUGACUCCUCCGGUUCCUUGGAAUCUGAAAUCAGUUUCUGCUCAGACUCUGUGUUUGAUUAAAGCUGUAAAAGUAAAAAAGAUGUUUAUUAGUUUCAGACAAUUUCAGCCCGUGGAAGAAAAAAGAUGCCAAAACUA